CACUAGUCUCCAGCACCUAUACGCGUUCAGCACCUAUACGCGUUUAGCAGACAUGGUAGGAGGCAAGGGAGCGAAUCAUCGCUAUUUCAAAGUUUGGAGUACCCCUGGAAAAUCUGGGGUCUGGGGACCCCAGAUUUUCUAUGUCGUGAAGUCCAUACACUUGUGAACAAUCUUGUGAACUAAAUGAUGGGUCUCGUAUGCUGAAGAAACCGAACCAAUCGAGAGUAUAGAGAGCAACGAUAAUGCCUCUUGUGCCGUGAAAAAGCCAAGAAGGUGCAAACAGAUUAGUCCGCAAACAGCUUUGACUAGGAGUUGGAAUAUAUAAACCCCAAUGACAGGACCCCCGGUUUAUGGCAUGAUAGAUAGAGCAACCAGCAACUUUUACUAUCUCAUCUUAAAGACGUCCUCAUUUCCGAGUCCGUUGUCAGACCAUGCGCUUCUCCGGCACUUCGCUGACCAUUGCUGGUUGCCUUCUGGCCAGCAUAUCGGAGGCUAGCAAAAGUUCCAGCGCGUCUUCUAGCUGCCAACUUCAUAACGUUGAAACAUAUCCUCCGCCUCCAGUCCCAGAGCCGAUAUCUAUUAUCAAGCUGCCCUUACCACCUUCAAUCGUUAGCGAUGAGGUUGGCGCGUGUACUAAGGAUAUCAACCCCAAUGGCACUGGUUGUCUCCGGAUUGUAUUAACAGGAGACGAUUCACUUCCCCAGGGAGGUACCUUCACCCCAGAUGGUACGGCCAUAGUUGUCACUGUCAACUUCACAGGCGCCCCAGCCCAGCCUGACCCUGCCAGUAUAUAUAGCGGCGAGCACAUCAUUCUUCUCAAGACAGAUAACACAACGUUUUCCAGUGGAGACCCAUGGAAGUGCAUCACUUGCGGCGUCCCUGCGGCGAGCCAGCUCGGCCGCAAUAAAGAUUUAUUGGAUUACCCUCGAGUCUUCAAGGACGGCAAGAGGUUUCUUGUGGGAACCAACAUUGUCGAGACAGGUGGCUACCCGGUAGACAGCGAAUUAGUCACGCCCAACAACACUUACAUCUAUCCUAUCUACUGGCCGGUGACUGGUGACGGAUCGGGCAGUACAGGAGCUAUGCGUGAACUACGCCUCCACCCAGGCGACCACCACUUGUCCUGGAGCAGCUUCGACGGCAAUGGACAGAACAGCUUCUACGGUCGGCUCACGUUCAAUCCUGUGCCUACGACAGGGGAACCGCGGGUGCCGCGGUACGACCUAUCUAACGUUAGCAUUCUCCAGCCGGCCACGGGAAAUGGGGUCCUCUAUGCCGAGGGCAACGAGUUAAAGAUUAAUCAAUCAGUCCCCGAGAUUGGCGAGCUGCGCGGUUUUAGCGGUAGCGGCAAGGAGUUCACCUAUAUUGGCUACCCUAUGGAGGCGUGCAACUUCGAUGGUUUUGCUGUGAACUUGUUGACUGGUGCUGUCCGCCGCUUGACUUCGCACCCAGAGUACGUCGAUCCAAUGGACAUCUCGGCUGAUGAUGAGUGGACAGCAGUCCUGGAUACGCGUGGAACGGAUCGUCAAAUGUUCAUGUCAGGCAUGCGGGGGAUCCCACCGCUAUCUGACCUUGUUACAUCCGGUAUCUGCGCUUCGGUUCGAAACAAUGGCAUGCGCCGCUUCUUCCGGCCGAUACUGAUUGAUAAGUAUGGCGACCGAGGUGACUACUUUGGCCAGACGAUCAACGCUGGUGGUGAUGGUAGUCCCGGAUCCAUAAACGAUCCUAACUGGAACGCCAGGGCGGACCCGCAGUUCUCUCUUGAUGGCACUCGCCUGAUGUACUACGAGACGCUCGUCAAGACACCCGCCUGUGGUGGUGAGAAUCCACUUCCGUGCCCUGUAUCAACCGAGCCCGACGGACGCACUACGCGUAUCAUGAUUGCAACAUUUACCAGUCGCAAGCCGUAUCCGGUGCCCAAGUUCGACAUCGGUCCCGAUGUUAUUCCUUGGGCAAUACCCUAUGUUCCUGGCAUGGAACUGCCGGUACGACAGUCCAUUUCGCCGGGCAAGUACACCUACAAAGGCAAGCACUGUGGCUACGCUGACGUGGCCAUCUAUGCCAACGCCAAUUCAACCCGUUUCAACCGAGUCAGGGUUGAUCUCCACAACCUCUCUGAAGACGGAGAGAACAUUCUAAAUGGAUUUGAGGACAUAUCACUGGAGUACCUCGAUACUUGGACCGUUCUCAACGACUGGCGUUCCAACAUUGUUCAGCGGGGAAAAGUCAAAGGCGUUAAGGAAACUAGCCCUGGUGGAUUUCAAAUUCAAAUGAACCUCCGAAAGAAUUUAUUGGAGGCCAAUGGCACCCUAACAACGACACUUGAUGGCAAGACCUACUAUCAGCCAAAGAACAACGCGUAGGGGACCAUAAGGACUCUUGAUCCAACCUAGUCAGACAUUACCUUCUUUUCUUCCCUUAGCCUCUACUCUAGCCUUAGACCAUAGCAAG